AUGGAGAUCGGAUCCUGGACGCACGUUCUUGAAGAGACUAAGGAUCCGACGGAUGACAUUCGAAGCUGUGUGCUCAGGAUCAUUAUCAUCUUCCAACGAGAUAGGUUUCACCAGCACCAGUACUUGUUCGAUGAGGACGUUGAUGUGGCCGUUGGAGACAUGGUGGGUCUCUCCAAGAACGGGGUUGUACGGAGCCUGGCCAAAGAGAACCGGACGGAUUUUGGAAAUGUUCCACGCCACGACCGAUUUCAGCCGUUCGAUGGGAAGUUCACGGCGGCUGCAUUCCCCCAGCAAAUCCUGACCGCUGAAGCUGUAGAUCAUCUCGCCGUAACACUGGAGUCGCGAUUUUGGUAGGUUCAGCUGAGGUGGCAGCUUUACGUCCAAAGAAAAUGAUCAAUAACUUGUAAAGGAAAUAAUACACACUCAUCACUCUAAAUGACUUUAUGGUCG